AUGGUGUGUAGGGUCACGGUGUGUGGGGUCACUGUGUGCGGGGUUACGGUGUGCGGGGUCACGGUGUGCGGGGUUACGGUGUGCGGGGUCACGGUGUGCGGGGUCACAGUGUGUGGGGUCACGGUGUGUGGGGUCACGGUGUGUAGGGUCACGGUGUGUGGGGUCACGGUGUGUGGGGUCACAGUGUGUAGGGUCACGGUGUGUAGGGUCACUGUGUGUAGGGUCACGGUGUGUGGGGUCACGAUGUGUGGGGUCACGGUGUGUGGGGUCACGAUGUGUGGGGUCAUGGUGUGUGGGGUCACGGUGUGUGGGGUCACGGUGUGUGGGGUCACGGUGUGUGGGGUCACGGUGUGUAGGGUCACAGUGUGUGGGGUCACGGUGUGUGGGUUCACGGUGUGUGGGUUCACGGUGUGUAGGGUCACGGUGUGUAGGGUCACGGUGUGUAGGGUCACGGUGUGUAAGGUCACGGUGUGUGGGGUCACGGUGUGUAGGGUCACGGUGUGUGGGGUCACGGUGUGCGGGGUCACGGUGUGUGGGGUCAUGGUGUGUGGGGUCACAGUGUGUGGGGUCAUGGUGUGUGGGGUCACGGUGUGUAGGGUCACGGUGUGUAGGGUCACGGUGUGUGGGGUCACGGUGUGUGGGGUCACAGUGUGUAGGGUCACUGUGUGUAGGGUCACGGUGUGUGGGGUCACGAUGUGUGGGUUCAUGGUGUGUGGGGUCACGGUGUGUGGGGUCACGGUGUGUGGGGUCACGGUGUGUGGGGUCACGGUGUGUAGGGUCACGGUGUGUAGGGUCACGGGGUGUGGGGUCACGGUGUGUAGGGUCACGGUGUGUAGGGUCACGGGGUGUGGGGGUCACGGUGUGUAG